AUGACCGCUCCCUGGCGGCGCCUCCGGACGGUUUGGGAAUACUGGGCCGGGCUCCUCGUGUGCGCCUUCUGGAUCCCGGACUCGCGCGGGAUGCCCCACGUCAUCCGAAUCGGAGGAAUCUUUGAGUAUGCAGACGGCCCCAACGCCCAGGUCAUGAACGCUGAGGAGCAUGCCUUUCGAUUUUCUGCCAACAUCAUCAACAGAAACAGGACUCUGCUGCCCAACACAACCUUGACCUACGACAUCCAGAGGAUUCACUUCCAUGACAGCUUUGAGGCCACCAAGAAAGCCUGUGACCAGCUGGCGCUGGGGGUGGUGGCGAUCUUUGGACCAUCCCAGGGCUCCUGCACCAAUGCUGUCCAGUCCAUCUGCAAUGCGCUGGAGGUGCCCCACAUCCAGCUGCGCUGGAAGCACCACCCACUGGACAACAAGGACACCUUCUACGUGAACCUGUACCCAGACUAUGCCUCUCUCAGCCACGCCAUCCUCGACCUGGUCCAGUACCUCAAGUGGCGAUCGGCCACCGUGGUCUAUGAUGACAGCACAGGGCUCAUCCGGCUGCAGGAGCUCAUCAUGGCCCCAUCGAGAUACAACAUCCGCCUGAAGAUCCGCCAGCUCCCCCUUGACUCUGACGAUUCGCGCCCGCUGCUCAAGGAGAUGAAGCGAGGCCGGGAAUUCCGCAUUAUCUUUGACUGCAGCCACAUCAUGGCCGCCCAGAUCCUCAAGCAGGCCAUGGCCAUGGGUAUGAUGACCGAGUACUACCACUUCAUCUUCACUACUCUGGAUCUUUAUGCGUUAGACCUGGAGCCCUACCGCUACUCAGGGGUGAACCUGACUGGGUUCCGGAUCCUCAACGUGGACAACCCCCACGUCUCGGCCAUCGUGGAGAAGUGGUCCAUGGAGCGGCUGCAGGCGGCUCCCCGGGCAGAGUCCGGCCUACUGGAUGGAGUGAUGAUGACUGACGCGGCCUUGCUGUACGACGCCGUCCACAUCGUGUCCGUGUGCUACCAGCGCGCCCCCCAGAUGACCGUGAACUCCCUGCAGUGCCAUCGGCACAAGGCCUGGCGCUUUGGCGGCCGCUUCAUGAACUUCAUCAAGGAGGCUCAAUGGGAAGGAUUAACUGGACGGAUUGUUUUCAACAAAACCAGUGGCUUACGGACGGAUUUUGAUCUGGACAUCAUCAGCCUGAAGGAAGACGGUCUGGAGAAGGUUGGGGUGUGGAGUCCUGCUGAAGGGCUCAACAUCACAGAGGUCGCCAAAGGCCGAGGUCCCAACGUCACUGACUCUCUGACAAACAGGUCUCUCAUCGUCACCACCGUGCUGGAGGAGCCCUUUGUCAUGUUCCGGAAGUCUGACAGGACCCUGUUCGGAAAUGACCGAUUCGAGGGCUACUGCAUCGAUCUGCUCAAAGAACUGGCCCACAUCCUGGGCUUCUCCUACGAGAUCCGGCUGGUGGAGGACGGGAAAUAUGGGGCACAGGACGACAAGGGCCAGUGGAACGGCAUGAUCAAGGAGCUUAUCGACCAUAAGGCAGAUCUGGCCGUGGCCCCCCUGACCAUCACCCACGUCCGUGAGAAAGCCAUCGACUUCUCCAAGCCCUUCAUGACUCUCGGUGUGAGCAUCCUCUAUCGCAAGCCCAACGGCACCAACCCCAGUGUCUUCUCCUUCCUCAACCCCCUGUCCCCAGACAUCUGGAUGUACGUGCUCCUCGCCUACCUGGGUGUCAGCUGUGUCCUCUUUGUCAUUGCCAGGUUCAGCCCUUACGAGUGGUACGAUGCUCACCCCUGCAACCCCGGCUCCGAGGUGGUAGAAAAUAACUUCACUCUGCUGAACAGCUUCUGGUUUGGAAUGGGGUCCUUGAUGCAGCAAGGAUCUGAACUGAUGCCCAAAGCCCUGUCCACACGCAUCAUUGGUGGCAUCUGGUGGUUCUUCACGCUGAUCAUCAUCUCCUCCUACACGGCCAACCUGGCUGCCUUUCUGACCGUGGAGCGCAUGGAAUCGCCCAUCGACUCUGCCGAUGACCUGGCCAAACAAACCAAAAUUGAGUAUGGGGCCGUCAAGGAUGGGGCCACCAUGACCUUCUUCAAGAAAUCCAAAAUCUCCACCUUUGAGAAGAUGUGGGCCUUCAUGAGCAGCAAGCCCUCGGCGCUGGUGAAGAAUAACGAGGAGGGCAUCCAGCGGACGCUGACGGCGGACUACGCGCUGCUCAUGGAGUCCACCACCAUCGAGUACGUCACCCAGAGGAACUGCAACCUCACGCAGAUCGGGGGCCUCAUCGACUCCAAGGGCUACGGCAUCGGCACGCCCAUGGGCUCCCCGUACCGGGACAAGAUCACCAUCGCCAUCCUGCAGCUGCAGGAGGAAGACAAGCUGCACAUCAUGAAGGAGAAAUGGUGGCGGGGCAGCGGGUGUCCCGAGGAGGAAAACAAAGAGGCCAGCGCCCUGGGUAUCCAGAAGAUCGGGGGCAUCUUCAUUGUCCUGGCUGCUGGGCUGGUCCUGUCUGUGCUGGUGGCUGUGGGCGAGUUUGUAUACAAGCUCCGCAAAACAGCAGAGCGGGAGCAGCGUUCCUUCUGCAGCACCGUGGCUGACGAGAUCCGCUUCUCCCUCACCUGCCAGCGUCGGGUCAAGCACAAGCCGCAGCCUCCCAUGAUGGUCAAGACCGACGCCGUCAUCAACAUGCACACGUUCAAUGAUCGCCGGCUUCCGGGCAAGGACAGCAUGACCUGCAGCACAUCCCUGGCCCCUGUGUUCCCCUAGGCACAGGUUGGGUGGGGACCACAGGCCUUGGGGCAGGACGGAGGAAAGCAAAGGAGACUGGAAGGAACGUCCUCAGUCCCUUGUGCUGGGCUUGGGGACCAGAGCUGCUGCCUGCCAACUGGGCCAGGAGACCCUGCCCUUAACCCACCAGGAAACCAGCAGGCCCCCAGGCCAGCUGCUUGGGCUUCACCCUCCUCUUGUUCCUUCUAUGGGUUUCUAAAGCUGCCAGCCAAGACAGCCAAGGCCAAAGGAAGCACAUGCCUCUCUCAGGCCAAACUCACCUGCCCCUCAACUCUCUUCUACAGUCAGAAGUUUCUACCAUGGCCCUGCAGAGGCCAAAGGAAAUGGGAAACAACUCUUAUAUUGCCACUCCUUCCCCUGAGCCCAGGCCUUCCGGAACUUGACUAUGAGACCAGAGUACCUUGGGUACCUUCAGAUGUUAUAGUUUGGCUGCCAAUGGGAGCCAAAGAUGGGAGAUGGCCACCCCACAUGCCUGGGCAGAAGGAAGACUUCAUCCCGUAGGGGCUGCUCACAUGGUCCUGAUCUCCUGGACUUGACACCAUCCAUGGAAGCCCCUGUUUUGGCAAAGUCGAAGACAGAGAGCCCCACAGGAGAAAAGAGGAGUUUGGAGUCCAGGAGAGAGGAGAAUGCAGAGACUGUCAUUUUGAAUCCUUCUGGACAAUGUCCCAGUGUGCCCUACUCUUCCAGGAGGUUCUAGGAGUAGAGGAGUGGUCAGAGCAAAUUUUUCUCCACCUUCUGGCCAGAGGAGAGAGGACCCCUGAAUCUCUCAUAAAGGAUGCCCAGAGACCCAGCCAAUAUUUGAAGCCCAGAGGAACAGUGAAUUCCAUGGAAGCCCUCGAGCCAUCGAGCCAUUGGAUUUUACUUUGCUGGUUACCAUGCUGUUUUCUAAACCCUGGUGGCAUUAGGGAGCAUGAGCUCUGUGCCAGCUGCUCUUCAGCAGCUCCCCGUUCCUGGCCAGUUCACCUUGACCUUCUUCUGUCAUCAUGGAAGGAGAGAAGUAGCCUAGAUGGAAGUGAACGUCAUCACCCCUCCUCCAAAGAAGAUGGUGUCCUACUGCACAGGCCAGCUUUGGGUGAGGUAGGGAAAGCCAGAGGGGCCCUAAAGAACUCCUGGCCUCCUGGACUUGCCACACCCAAAGAUGCUCCCCAGAAAGAGAAAGUGUUCAGGAUAGCCUCCUCAUAAAGGACCCAAGGGUAGGGAGGGAGAAACUGCCUCCUGGAGAAUUAACCAAAGACCCCACAGAGAGACACAAGGCCAUUAUGGCCCCAGGUCUCUUGUCCAGAGCAGCUGGGAAUUUGUGGGGUUUGGGGGUUCAGCAGAGGAGCAGUAGCUGAUGAGGUCAAGUGAAAAAUGGGCCAGAUGAUCUGUGGGUGCCAGCUAGCUGUGAUGGAUACUCUAGAGGUCUGUGACUCUACGAUUCUGGGAGAAGUUUUGAGACAUGAAAGGAUUAGGAACAAAGUGUCCUUAAAGAGAAUGCGAUGGGGCCAGCAGGGCUGCCCAUGGCCGAGGCAAGGGCAGUCUUCGAGGCGGGGAUGGCGGCUAGAGAUUCUGGACAGGGGCCCAGGAGACACCAGCCACCCCACUCCAUCUCUCUCCUGUUUCUGCUUGGGUACCCUGCAUAGAGAAGAGCUGUAUUUAGGUCUCGAGAACUUUCUCAGCUGGGGUGAAGGAUGAUCUCUAGCUCCCCUCAGGACUCCCAAGGCAGGAGAGCACAGUGGACUCGUGUGAUGAAUACUGUCCCUCUUCCAAACUGAGCUGCAGGGCCAAACCAGCUGGUUCCCAGAAUCACAGCGGCUCAGACAGGCUGUGUGCACUGGAGGUGGGAGAAGAGGGCUGGACAUGCCACGUAGCCAACACAUCUCAUAAUAGGAAAAGCCAUGCUGUCGUGAGCUUCUGGGUGUAGGAGUGUGUGUGUGUGUGUGUGUGUGUGUGUGUGUGUGCAUAUAUGUGUGUCUUUGUCUUUGUAUGUGUGAUCUUUGGGGGCUGGGCAUGAAUGGCAAAUUAGAACAUGUAACAGAGUCCCGGGCAGGCAAUAAUAGAAUCCUUUGGGUUCUGAUGUGUGUAUGUGAGCAUGUGUGCAAACUGGGGGUAAGCGAGACAAAUUUGGACAAGCAGCAGGGCCCCAUACAUAUAAAAACAGGAGAAGCCAUGUUGUAAUGGGGUUCUGGUGGGUAUACAUAUGUAUACGUCCAUGCUUGUGUGUGUGUGUGCGUUUGGGCACCAAAUGGCAGAGGGCAGAGGACAGACUGAAACCCGCAAACAUCGCCAAAUACGUUUAAAAGGAGAAGCCAUGUCAUCAAGGCAUCUGCAUGUGAGCGUACGUGUAUCUGUGGGCGCAGUGGAGGGCGAGAGGGAGCGCAGAACCAGACAGGUGUGCGGCACAGGGCGAUGCAUAUUGUAUGAGAAACCAUGUGGGAGUGGAGUGUGUGUGUGUGUGUGUGUGUGUAUGCUCACAUAUGUGUGUUCAAAGACACACAUAUGUUCCAGCUCACAGCAGGAGCAGAGAUGGACAAUCAGGAAGGCAGGGAACCAGAGUCUGUGUGCACUUCUGUCGUGGAGAGAGAUCAUUUGUCACAGAGAUCUGCUGAGGUUGCACAGGCAUGGGCAUGGGGAGACUGGCCAAGUAGGGGUGAACCGCUUCAGGGACUCAUGGCUGGUGACUCCUAGCUCUACGUAGAGUGUCCUGUUUGAAGGGAAAAUGACACUUUGGGUGCAAUUCCAAGAUAACCAGAUUCUAAUGAAGGUAUCUGUGAUCUCACCAACCACAGACACAAGCCACUAUCUUUCUUUAGCCAGUCUAAUUUCAUAGCACACGCUCACAUCCAAGCUCAUCUCACACACAUGUGUAUGUGCUUUUGUGUAUGACACGCUAUGAACGUGUCAUUUCUUCUGAGGCUAUGCACAUAUAUAGACUGUGAUGGGAGGAAGAAAAGGAGGUGGCAUGGGGUCGGAAGAUCUUCAUGAAAGGAGGGGAAAAUGUGGAACUCAGAGGCACAGUUCAAUUAAGGAAAUCCCCCGACAGGGGCUGAAAUGACAUCUAGAGUCCUAAACAGAGGUGGAAUGAUCUGGCCUCCUGUUCAGGCCUUAUGUCCAUGUGUGUGGAUAGUGUUCAAAGUCUGCCUGAUGUCCUGUGUUUGUCUUGGAGACCAGCCCGGUGAUCAGAGCACCGCGGAGACCACUUCUGCCCACGUGUGAGCUGUGUCUGCCGCAGGGUACCAAAGGUGCCCACUGCAUCUUGGGGAUGGGGGUGGAGAGCUAUUCUCAGCAAGGUGGGUCAUGUGGACUUAAACUUUAGGCCCACCUGCCAGCAGGUGUGGAUCUGACCACAGUGGGUGCUCAUGGGUGCACGUGCACACCGAAGCCCUGAGGCCGGUGGCUGGGAGUGAUGGAAGCAUCAUCACUGGUUUGGAUGGAACAGAAGAUGGGACUGGCCUGAGCAGGUGCUGGACUGUCUCUGUCUGGCCCCACAUGUUGAUCCUGAAAAGAAGAGCACCCCUCCCUUCCAUCCGCACCUCCCACCCCGAGAUGCCGGUGCUUCCUCUCAGCCUGCUCAAACUGGCCAAAUGGAGGGGCAGCAGUGAAGACACACACACCCUCCAAGGCCCUGGGGCUUUGGGGCCAGGGGGCCUGCUUAUCUCUCCCCCCUUGACCUGUUACUGGUCUCUCUUCUACGGACUGAUAAGAAAACCCUGAGACCUUUGUCGCCAUUCAGGUGGCCCCAUGUUGCAGGUGUCUUUCAAGAGGGGUAAGGCCCCCGUGGCUGAUGAGCUGAGUCUGAACCUCUGAAGGCCGGGAGCACCUACUCCCAUCACAGCCACAAUUCUGCCUCGGCUGGAAGAGCACACUGGCUCCCCGGGCGCUGGGAGAGGGGAAAUCCGGCCCAGGAUGGAGUAGGGGCCAGGCAGUAGUGGGUGAAGGCUCUGAAUAGUUAGAAGUCACUCUCCUCCUUAAACUGGAGAACAGAAGUUAGAGGGAGGCAUACACUCACUGAGGACAGUCCGAGGCUCCCUCCUCGCCAUCGUUUCCAGGGGCACUGAUGUGCGGGGUUUCAGCGGCCACUCCGUCACUCGGCGGGAAGUUGCUCCCUCCCCAAGCCGCUCCCAGCUAUCUGCACAAACAUCUGGAAAUAGGCCCAACUCCGGCCCAUGUCUCUGGUCCUGUGUGGCUAGCCAUCUGGGAGGGGCCUCGUGGUCUGGACAGACAGCUGUAUGGACUUAACAACCGAGAUGGGCCCCGCCCCGUGGGCAGACACAAGAAGUAAGCCCAACCCUUGUAGACAGGGGUCUGGAAUAGACACAUCCGGAACAGCCCCAGGCUGGGUGGGCGCAGCGGGACCUGGCCCAGCUGCUUGCCACGAUGGGAGGGCCCUGCCCUCUGCUCCCGUGCCCAGUUUGAAGCAAGCCCUCAUUUCAGUCCUGGAUUUGCCCUGGAGUUAAAAAUUUCAGCGCUGAGGCCGUACAUGAAAGUCACAAAACUGUUUUUGGUGGAAAGUUACUGUUGUGUACAUUAUAUAUAUGAAUGUAAAAAGAUAUAUAUAUAUAUAUGCUGUAUAUAUAUAUAUAUAUAUGCACAGUGUAUAUAUGACCUGUCGCCCAUGUGUAUACACAACCCCUCCUGCACGUCUGCACACGGAGUGUACAUAACCCAGCCAGUACGGGUGGGGACCAGGAGAGAGGUGGAGGCUGCAGCCACAAAGUCUGGGAUGGAGGCCACUGGGGGCAGGGACUGUAGAGAGCCCCAGGGGGGAGGGGAGGGGAGGGAAAGGGAAUGCGUACAUCAGAGCUGCAGACCCUGAGCAAGAGGGGAGAAGUGUAGGGCUGGCGGAUGGGCCUUGCACAGCCAGUCCCCCUGGGGAGGGGCAGGAGUGGCCCGGGGUCCUCCUCUGCAUCUGAGAGUGUCUGAGGCAGGACAGCUGGGCUGUGUCAGGAGAGCACUGUCGUCCCCAUACUUGGAUCCUGAGCCGAUACGACACUCUGGUCCCAGGGCAGUUAACAGGGAGCCGAAGGGCAGGGGAAGAGGGGGCCACUCCCUGGACCUGCCCUCAGUACUUGCCUGCACAGCCACCAGGUAGGCGUCAGGCUCCACCUGGAAUACCCUAGAAGGCUGGAGAAUUCUAGACGGCAAAGGCCUCUGCCUCACGUUCUCACCCACACGCGAAGGCAGAGCUCCCAGCUAGGGAAACCCUUUUUACAGAGAAUGGCCCCCUGGGCAUUGCCAGCAUGCCAGUCUAAUGUCCCAUGCCCUAGGUAUUGGCCUUGCCUCCAUCCCCUGCCUUCUAGAACAGACCUCAAGUCACCCCAUAGUGUGUCUCUGUUUUACAGAUCAAAGGCCUCCAGAUGCUGGAAAGCAGCUGUAGACCCAGUAAUUGCAAGCAAGAGUUUGUCCCAUCUCAGACAACCUCCCCAGCCCCAUUUGCCCCCGAGGCCAGCUGUCAGGGAGUUAACGGAGGAGCCCGAGAUAUGAGCAGAAUAGUGACAUGGGGUGAAAGAGGGGAAGCCAAGAAGGCACUCCUGUCCGAGCACACCGGGUGCCACCUGUCUGCCGGCUCUUCUCUGCCACACCUUCCCCUGCAGGGCGGUGGCAGAGAGCCCCCGGCAGUACCCUCAGACCUCAGCCCCUGCCCCCACCGGAUCUGUCUGUUCUUCACAAUUCCAGUCCUUUAGCUAGUGGUCCUGCUCUGUCACAGGUCAGAGCAUCUCUGGAGCAUGCGGGAGAGAGACUAUCUGGAGUGGGCUUCCACGUGGUCAGCCUCCUGCCCUCUACUUGGGCCCCAGGCCUCAGACUGGUCUGCUCUUAACUGGAUCUGCCUCCGGGGCCCUGGGCAGAGCACAUUUGAACCCCACCCCCUGAGGAGGGGACUGUCUUAGCUCCAGAACAGGAAUCCGAGGGUCCAGGGGCCCCCACGGCACUGUGCUCCAAGUCCCCAGCCCGCCUCUGCCUGGGCCAGCUACUUGGCUGGGCCUCCCAUCAUGGGGACUUGGAUUCCCAGCCCCUGGGCUGAGCCCCCAGACAGCACCAUGUGAGACCCCUGGCCUGUCCCACCACCCAGACCAGAGUGCCUGGACGCCCCCCACUCCCACUCAACAUGGUUCCCACACACUGGUCUCUGGGCCAUUCAGGGGAUGCCCUUUGUGGACAUGCAGAAUUUCUAUGAAUAUAGUUUUUUGUAAACAUUUUGUAACAAUUUGGGUUUCAUAGUAACUGUGUUACUUGCCAAUCAUUCUAGGCUGAUGUAAAUAAAUUUCCAAACAAAUCUGAUUAUUUUCCUUUUUAAGACACUGUGAUAUAUCAAAGUGCACAGUUUGCUGUAUGAAGUAAUAUGGUUUUAAAUUUUAAAUAAAGAAAUGUUUCUAGAAAA